AUGCGAAAUACAAUUAAUUUUAAUUCAUCAUUAACAUAUCCUUCACAUUGGAUAACAAUGUCAUUAAGUGAAAAUCCUAUACAAUUUAUAAAAUUAUCUCAAUCAUCACAAGAAUUUCAAGAUAUAUCAAAUUUAUUUUCAAAAUCACUUCAAAAAUCAUCAAUAGUUAUUUAUUCAAUAAUUCGAAUACAAAAUCUUCGACUUUGGUAUAUAUUUCAAGAAUUACAAAAAAUAAUUCCAAAUAAUAUUCAACAUCUUUUUCAUGGUACAGCUUCAAGUACACAUCAAAAAUUAAUCAUGUAUCAUGGUUUUUAUCAUAGUUUUUGUCCUGGUGGUCUUAUUGGUGAUGGAGUUUAUUUUGCAGUAAAUGCACAUUAUUCUAAUAAUGAUCCAUAUGUACUAAGAAAAACAAAUCAUCGAAGAGAAUUAUUUAUUUGUCAAGUUUUACUUGGAAAUUCAAGUCAAGGUGGUUCAGAUGUUAAAUCACCAGCACAAGGAUGUCAUUCAGUAUUUCAUUUUAAUAAUAAUCAAAAUGAUAUGUUUUGUAUUUUUAAUAGUUAUCAAGCAUAUCCAGAAUAUAUUGUACAAUAUGAUUAUGAAUAA